GUGAUGAUGUUACCUAACAAACGGCAAGCUCUGGUGGAACUUCAAGAUUUGCGAAGUGCCCAGAAGUGUGUUGCUUAUGCUAAACGGCGGAUUGUCAAUAUUGCUGGGCAUCCUGCUUUCUUUAACUUCUCCACGAGUCAACGGAUCACUCGCCCCGGGGGUCCUGAAGACCCAAAGCAUGUCAACAAUGUUCUUUUCUUAUCUAUUCAGAAUCCUCUGUAUCCAAUCACAACGGAUGUUCUGUAUACUGUCUGCAAUGCGUGUGGUCCAGUCUUGCGUAUUGUCAUCUUCAAGAAGAAUGGAAUACAGGCUCUCGUUGAAUAUCUUUUUCCUUUAGGGGAAAUGCAUUGCCCCAAUGUCCAACAUGGAUUCACUUUGACUUCCAGCUGAUAUCAAGUUGUAGGGCACAGAUGCUUUUUAUUUUGCUGAGGGAUUGUUUUUAGGUUUUUAACCUGUGGUGUGUUCAAGUAGUUGCUCUAGAACAUCAUUAACUUUUGUCCCUAUUAGUCACCAACAGCCUUAUGAUCACAAAUGUAUGCUCAUGGGAUUA